AGCUCCUCCGACCAGCGCAAGCCCUGCUGGUCUCCAGUCACCCUCUCCACACUCCGCACGUGGGAAGACGAGUGUUAGCAGAAGAGUGGGAGUAUCCAUCCUGCAUGCGGUGGAGAGCAAGAGGGAAAAAAAGUGAGAAGUGAGCAUGUUUGAAAUGCAGAGUAGAAAAACAAUGAGAAAAUGAAAAGAGAUGAAACGAGAUGAGGGGAGGAAAAUAAAGACAGGAAAAUACUGGAAUUGGAAAUGCAGGGUGGCACGGGGAAUAAGUGAGCGAAUGGGAGAGGAAGAGAGAGAGUAAGAGGGAAGGGAGGGAGGCGAACAACACUGCAGACACUCAUCCGCUGUCACUGCUCCGCAGCCAGAGGACAGAGGCAGCACCGGCGUCAGCGGGGUACGAUGGAGGAGGACGGCUGCACCAUCCGUCUGCGGCUCGCUCCCCACAACUGACCCCUUCUCUCUGGGAACGUCCCGCCAAGUUAACGAAGGAAACUACCACCUCUGUCCUUCACGAGAUCACAAGUUCUGGAGCUCAACUUCUGCAGGACCGCCGUUCACACCCUUCGCAAUAAUUUCUCCCGUUGUACACGCCCACACUCCUCAUCACACCCUCUCCUUCAAACCGAAGCCCGCUGCACUUCCCCGUCGCCUCCUGGACUCGUGUGUUUGGGUUGUUCUUCAUCAUUGCUGCUUGCUGACCUUUCGAGCUGAGUGGAUUUACUUUUCUCCUGUGGUGGACCAUGGGGCAGGGGUGGCGGGGCGCAGGAGGGACCCCCGGGAAAAGGACAGGGGGGAGCUGGUACCUUUUGGUGACAUUGCUGCUCUGUGGUUUCUGGAAGGCUCACUCGCAGACAGACGAUGGGAAGUCUGUCUACUUCUGGGAAACAGGUCCGUGGGGGCGAUGCAUGGGCAGCGACUGCGGCCCGGGCGGCAGCCAGAGUCGGGCGGUCUGGUGCGCCCACGUGGACGGCUGGACGACCCUCCACACCAACUGUGACCAGGCUCAGCGGCCCUCCAACCAGAGGAACUGCUUCCGCGUGUGCGACUGGCACAAGGACCUGUACGACUGGCAGCUGGGAGCCUGGAACGAAUGCGUGCCGGUGUCGGCCAGGACCUUCGGCGCCGCGCGGCAGUUCAUGUGCAGCGGCGGCGAGGAGGGCAUUCAGACCCGGGAGGUGGGCUGCACGCUCAAGGCGGAUGGGUCUCCAGCAGAGGAUGCCAUCUGUGAGUACUUUGAGCCCAAGCCGCGCCUGGAGCAGGCGUGUUUGAUCCCUUGCCCUCAGGACUGCGUUGUCACCGAGUAUUCGCCAUGGACCUCCUGCUCCAAAACGUGUGGGACGGGCCUCAGGAACAGAGUCCGCAGCGUCCUGGUUCCCCCGCUUUUUGGAGGAGCUGGUUGCCCGAACCUCACCGAGUUCCAGUCAUGUAAGCCGGGAGCUUGUGUGGGUCCGGAAGGCCUGUACAGCCUUAGGGUCGGACCGUGGACCCCCUGCGUCCUACCCCAGACCCGGACCGCACGGCAGGCAAAACGGCGGAAAGGCAAAGGUCAGGGGCUCAGGGAGCGAGGAGGGGUGAAGGAUCCUGAAACCAGGGAGCUGAUUCAAAAGAAACGGUCCAGGAACCGGCUGAACCGGCAGGAGAGUCCGUUCUGGGACAUCCAGGUGGGAUACCAGACCCGGGAAGUGGCCUGCAUCCACCGGAACGGCAGCAGAGUGGGGCGCAACCUGUGCAUACCGCGGGAGCUGCCGCUGACCAUCCAGUCCUGCGUCCUCCCUAAAGACUGCCAGGUAACGGAGUGGACCGACUGGAGCGCCUGCUCCAAGGCCUGCGCGGACCCCGAGUCUCCAAGAGGAAACCGCACCCGGAGACGACAGGCGCUCCAAGUCUCUGUUGGCGAGGGCGUUGAGUGUCCAGUACUGGAGGAGACGGAGUCCUGUGAACCUCCGGGGGGAAGCGUUCCUCCCUGUGCAAGCUACACAUGGAGAACCACGGAGUGGAGCGACUGUCGGGUCGACGUGCUGCUGAGCCAACAAGACCGACGGCGCACCAACAUGACUGGGCUCUGCGGCGGAGGCCUGCAGACGAGGGAAGUUUUUUGUGUCCAGGCGAACGCAGAGCUUCUGAAAUACCUGAACAACCUCAAAGAAAAAGACAAAGCGGGUCAGACCCAAAGACAGCAGAAGCCUAGUGUCCCCCCUCUCCUCUCCAUCACCUUCCAGAUUACAGCCUCCCGCCCGGUGGAGAACCAGCUGUGCACGGGUCCGAUCCCUAACAGAUCCCAGCUCUGUCAGAUCCCCUGUCCCAUCGACUGCGAGGUGUCGCCGUGGGGGGCCUGGGGGCCGUGCAUCUUUGAGAACUGCAACGACCAGACCGGAAAGAAAGGCUUUAAACUGAGGAAACGACAGAUUACCAACGAACCAACCGGGGGCCCAGGAAGCUGCCCUCACCUUGUGGAGGCCAUGCCAUGUGAUGAACCCAGCUGCUACAAAUGGCAGCUGGUCAGUCUGGACAGGUGUAUUCCUGAUGACGGGAAGCAGUGCGGCCCUGGGACUCAGCUGCCUCAAGUUCAAUGCAUCAACAGCAACGGGGAGCUCGUGGACAGAAGCCUGUGCUCCUCCUCGGCCGUUUUGGAGCCUGUUUCCUGUGAGGUGCCCUGUGCCAGAGACUGCGUGCUCAGCGACUGGACGCCGUGGUCAACCUGCUCCCAGACGUGCUCCAGCAAAACCGUGGAGGGCAAGCAAAUGAGGACCCGCUCCAUUCUGGCGUACAACGCCGGAGAAGGUGGUUCGCUGUGUCCGAACAGCAGCGCCCUGCAGGAGGUGCAGAACUGUAACGAACACGCCUGCAUCGUUUACCACUGGCAGACGGGGCCCUGGGGGCCGUGCACCGAGGACCCCUCCACCGCACCGCUCAACACCUCUGCAGGGGCUCGUCCCGCUGCAGACGCUCAGGGCCUCUGCUCCAUGGGAGUGCAGACUCGAAAGGUCAUGUGCGUCCGGGUCAACGUGGGACAGGUUCCACCCAAAAAGUGUCCAGAAGGCCCACGCCCAAGCACGAUGCGACCAUGUCAGCUGCCUUGCAAGAAGGACUGCAUCGUGACUCCUUUCAGCGACUGGACUGAGUGUUCGGUUUCCUGCGAUUCAGGUGGUGAAGUUGUGAAGAGAAAGCAAUCAAGGAGACGUCUGGUCAUCCAGAUGCCUUCUAAUGGAGGACAGGAUUGCCCAUUGGUGCUUGAAGAGGAGAAGGACUGUGAGGUCCCCAAAGUCUGUCCCGGUUUCAGGUGGAAAACUCACAAGUGGAGGAAGUGCCAGCUGGUUCCUUGGGUUCUCAGAAAGGAAACUCCAGGCGCUCAGGAGACGUGCGGACCCGGACUUCAGACCCGAGCUGUGUCCUGCCGCCAGCUGGACGGGACGCAGGCCGACAUCAGCGAGUGCCUGAAGUCCGCCAAGGCCAUGCCCGCCAUCACUCAGCGCUGUCAGCUCCCCUGCCAGGAUGACUGCCAGUUAACCAACUGGUCCAAGUUCUCCUCCUGCACAGCUGACUGUGUGGGGGUCCGCACCAGAAAGAGGGCAUUGAUAGGGAGAAGCAAAAAGAAGGACAAGUGCAAAAACACACAGAUGUACCCUCUGAGCGAGACGCAGUACUGUCCCUGCGAUAAGUACAAUGCCCAGCCGGUGGGGAAGUGGUCUGACUGCAUCCUGCCUGAGGGGGGGAGGGCAGACGGCACCGCGGCGAUGAAGGUCCAGGGAGACGUUAAGGAGUGCGGACAGGGCUACCGCUAUCAGGCCAUGGUGUGCUACGGCCAAGACAACCGGCUGGUGGAGACUUCACGCUGCAACAGCCACGGUUAUAUUGAGGAGGCGUGCAUAAUUCCCUGCCCAUCAGACUGUAAACUCAGUGAGUGGUCCAACUGGUCCCGCUGCAGCAAGUCCUGUGGGAGUGGAGUGAAAGUACGCUCCAAGUGGCUUCGGGAGAAACCGUACAACGGAGGCCGGCCGUGUCCAAAACUGGACCACAUCAACCAGGCCCAGGUGUAUGAGGUGGUGCCAUGUCAGAGCGACUGCAGUCAGUACGUCUGGGUCGCCGAGCCGUGGAGCGUUUGGAAAGUCAGCAACGUGGAUCUGAAGGAGAACUGUGGGGAGGGAGUCCAGACCCGAAAAGUCAGGUGCAUGCUGAACACGGUGGACGGCCCGUCGGAGGCCGUGGAGGAUUACCUGUGCGACCCGGAGGAGAUGCCGCUGGGAGCCAGGGAGAGCCGGCUGCCGUGUCCGGAGGACUGCGUCCUGAACGACUGGGGCGCCUGGAGCCGCUGCAGCAUGCCCUGCACCAGGAACAACAGCCGGGUGCGGACGGCGUACGCCCUGCGGUACCCCGGCGUGGGCCGGCAGUGCCCGGAGCUGUCCGACAGAGAGCCGUGCAGUCUGAACCUCAACUGCUUCAACUACUUCUACAACAUCACAGACUGGAGCACUUGUCAGCUGAGCCCCAACGCCGUUUGUGGAAGCGGCAUCAAGACCCGGAUGCUCGACUGCGUUCGCAGUGACGGCAAAUCUGUAGAUAUUAAAUUCUGCGAGGAGCUGAGUUUGGAGAAGAACUGGCAGAUGAACGUCUCGUGCACCGUCGAGUGUCCCGUCAACUGCCAGCUGUCGGAGUGGUCGGUCUGGUCCGAAUGUUCGCAAACCUGUGGGCUAGAGGGUAAGAUACAGAGGCAGCGCUCGGUGGUUCAGGCCUCGCAGGGCGACGGCCGGCCGUGUCCGUCCCAGAUGGAGCAGUGGAAACCCUGCCCGGUUCGACCCUGCUACCGGUGGCAGUACAGCCCCUGGUCUGAGUGUCGGGUCGAGAGUGUGGUGUGUGGACACGGCACUCGCUACAGGAACCUGUCCUGCUUCGUGUCGGACGGGUCCGGCGUCGGCGAGAGCAGCAUGGUGGACGAGGAGCUGUGCAGCAGCCUGGAGCUGGCCGUCAACGGAGACAAGAAAAUCAUACUGAAAGAAGCUUGUACCCUCCCAUGUCCAGGUGAAUGCUACCUGAUGGAGUGGUCUGACUGGAGCUCAUGUGUCAACAUCUGUGUGAAAGGAGCCGGCGUGGACUUCGGCUCCGUUCAGGUCCGGUCCCGAGCCGUCCUGGCCCAGGAGCCUGAAAACCUGCAGCUGUGUCCAGACCAGGCUUGGGAGUCGCAGCCCUGCACAGGAGGCGAAUGUUUCGAGUAUAAGUGGUUCAGCAGCAGCAGUCCGAACUCCAGCCGUCCGGUUGUCUGGUGUCAGCGCUCGGAUGGACUCAACGUCACCGGUGGUUGUCCUGCAAUGAAUCCACCAGUGGACAACAGCUCCUGUGACCCUCCCUGUCUCAUGACGAAGUCUUUCUGUAGCGAGGCCGGGAUGUGCAUGUGCGAGGAGGGCUUCACAGAGGUCCUGUCGCCUGCGGGUCAGCUGGACCAGUGCGCCCCGAUCCCAGUCCUGGAGAUUCCCACUGCAGGUGACAAGAAAGGGGACGUAAAGACCAGUCGUGCCAUUAAUCCCACGCUGCCCACCACCAUCCAGCCGGGACGCACGGGCCGGACCUGGUACCUGCAGCCCUACGGACCAGAUGGGAAGCUGAAGAUGUGGGUGUACGGUGUAGCAGCAGGAGCCUUUGUUCUCCUCAUUUUCAUAGUGUCUAUGAUAUACCUAGCUUGCAAAAAGCCAAAGAGACCUCAGAGACAGAGGCAGCAGAACAACCGGCUCAAGCCGCUAACGCUCGCCUACGACGGGGACACGGACAUGUAGAGCCGCUCCACCUGUCACACAAACCCCUCCAUGACAGCGAGCGAUGUUUGCAGUGUGAAUGGACUCACUUAUUCCGAUUUGAUUUUCCUUAACCAAAACCUUCAUGACCUCCAGUUUGCUCAAUGAAAUGCCUUUUAUUUUUAAACUGAGAGUCUCCAACUCUUUCACCCCCGCGCUUUCCUGAACACGCUGACUAGCUGGAGGCUUUGGACGCUCUGAAGGUUUGUUUGUUGCCAAAAGUCACCGCAGGGAAGAAGAGGAGGAGGAGGGAGAGGAAAAUCUCCAUCAAAAGGUUUGGAUUCCUUUUUCUUCCCUCAAUCCUCAGCCGGGUUUUGACUCAAAUCUCUUUUUUUCCAGUCUUUUUAUUUCUCCUUGAUUCAGAGGCCUGUGUUUGUGGGAUAAACUGAUCGGCGGCCUUCACCCUCGCUUUGUUUCAGGCGCUACAUUGCACUAUAUUAGUGCAGCAUGAUAUGCACACGUGACUUCUACCUUUUAUUGCCAUAAAACACUGCCUCUUCCACAAACACAACGAAUGGGAACCAACUAGAGAGACCCACCAGUAAAUAUCUGUAUAGGUUUCAAUUCUCAGUUUUUUUGUUGUUUUUUUUGGUUGUAGUGAAAGUAAAUCUUUUUGUGGUUUGUAGAUUUCGUUGGGUGUUUUUUUUUUGUUGUUGUUUUUUUUGCCCAGAUGUAAGUAUGAGCAUUUUAUAAAUCGAAUAAAUAAAUUUUCUUGCGGUUUAGCUGAACUGAAACGCGUCCCGGAAAGAAACUGAAGCCAUUCAUGUCAUGCAAACAUCAUUUCUGCCUUACUGGUAACCAAUCAACUGCUCUUAAUAUUUGAUCUGGCAAAUAUUAAACACAACAGAACAAGCAGACAAAAAACGUAAACAAAUCAACUCUCUCAUGUAGUAACAGUGUUAUAAAUGCUCCAGUCUCACUACAGAGAGAUAAUAUACAUAUAUAGAUAUAUAUAUACACAUAUAAAUAAAAUACACUGUACAGAUGAACUAUACAAUAUGUUAAUAAGAAUAUGCCUCUGACUUCAGUGUAAAAGCAAACUGGUGUGGAGAAUGUUUACUUUUUUUCGUGAAAUUUGUAAAUAAUGACUUUUUUAUUUUUUGGAGAAAAAAAAAAUCAAAAGUAUGUGUAAAUUUAUUUUGUAUCGCACAGAAAAUGUUAGUUUGAAUAUUGCAAAGUGGGUGUAUGAUAUUGCUGAUUGUUGUUACUAUGAUGCAAGUUGUAUGUUGUGACUAAGAAAACUAAAAAAAAUAAUCAGAGGGGAAGAAAAAGAAACACGAAGAACUGGUUGUUUUGUACAGGUUGUUCAUAUAUGGAAAGAAUUACUGAAAAUAAACGCGGACUCGGCUGCAAACA